ACAAUGACGAAGGCUUCAAAUGAUCAGAGGAACCUAAAGAAGACUGCCACAACGAAAAGCUAACCAUCACCAACGCCUCCGCAGAGCCUUUCUAUGUCUUUCUCGCUGUUUCUGUCUUACCUUAACAGUGCAUCACUCCUUUAUUCACUUGUGCAUACCGACACGUGUGUACAGCCCAGCUCACAGAGUUCAACUGUCCUGCAGACCUUGAGUUAGCUCUGAGAGUUUUCAGAUGCUUUGACUGUCCUGUAACCGCUGCAGUCUUGCUGGUCGAGGGUACUUCAGCCAUUUGCAAAAGCCACCCAAACACAACACAUGGCUGAUCAUACAUCAUCCCAGAACUCUGAGUCUCUCUCCUAUGCUCCUAUGUUCCGACCUGAGACAGAAGGUCAAAGGUCAAACCACAAUUUUUACCAGCAAGGUUCAAUGAGUGGGCUGAGCCAGUUUGAGGUCUCCAACCAUCUGCCAUGUGAAACCAGUGAUGGCACCGGGAGCACUAUGAAUGGAAUAGAUCAGUCAGGGAAUGCAUCUUACUGGGGGAAUAUGUCCCCAGUCUCCUCUGUGGGACUGAACAGGAACAAGGCACAGUCUGGAGUGUAUGAGAAUGACUGGAGUUCUCACUGCCACCAGCAGGAGGCAACAGAGAGUUAUGAAACAACAGAGCAUCAGCAACAGAAACUGGAUUCUUUCUCCGAGGCGUUUUACAAUCGAAGCACCUCACGAGUGCUGGGUGGAGGAGAUCAGAGUGGGUUCAGCACUCCUUCAAACAACUCUACUCCUCCUUCACAUGCACUCCCCUUCCCUCUUGUUCUCAGCCCACCUCCAACGCCUCUGCCUCCCUCCACCUUUUCUCCUCCCAAACGACCUCAGCACUUCCUCUCUGGGCAGAUCCUGAGCCAAUCGCAGAUGCUUACACCAACAGAUGGGUCACUGCAGUUCUUUCCUUCUCUACCCUCCCCUUCCACUGGCAGGUUUAGUUACCCCAUUUGGCUCCAGCUGCCAGUAGAAGGCAACGAGGGUGUUGACAUAACCCAGCACCUUCCACAAGAUUCUAGCCCUUCCCCAGGUUAUUCAGACCAUGCAGAACUCCAUAUGAGACAAAUAAACUCGCCACCGAAAGGUUCAGAUUGUACACUGCAGAUGUCCCUCAGCUCUGCACUGGCUCAGCAUCAUCAUCCACAGACCUGUGUACAGCUCCAGCUGGGUCAUGAGCCUGGGACAUCUGAAGAUCACAUGACAUGGCAUCAGUUGGGGCAAUUAUCCCAUUCAUUUGGACCUCUUCACCAGUCCAGCAUCAAUGGGCAGGAAUCAGUGCCAGGAGAAGGGUCAAGAUUCACUUGCAGGCUUAACUUCAGUCCUGGAUCCUUGGAUAAACCUCUGGGGUCUUUCAGUACACAGAACAUUCCUAAAGCCGUAUACACUGGAGUCCCUUUCAACAGUGUGAUCCAGUUGGGUAGGGAGCUCAUUGAGAACUGGGAAGGAACUAUGUCUCACUAUACGCCACCCCCAGUGCUGAACCCCACCCGCAGUGGCACAGGACUCUUCUGCAACCUUCUGUCUCCACUAGCAGUGGAAAACAGAGCACAGUGGACUGAAGAGAGGAAAGAUGAUUGCUCCAAUGGGUGUAUAAAUAUAGGCCCAGAGUUUCAAGCUGAGCUGCCUGAUCUGAUGAAAGGAGGAGAGCAUAGGGUGUGGCCAGAAGAAUCAUUCAGGGAGGAGAUGUUAUGGAAACCUUGGGUGGAAUUGGAGGAGAAUGACACACUUUUAGAGCAUGUGGAGAAUCUUCUAGACCUGAGUGCUUCCAGUGUUCUACCAGGAGGAGGUGCCAAUUUGGAGCUUGCUCUUCACAGCCUCUCUCGUUGCCAGGGAAACAUUCUGGCAGCACUGGAGAUGCUGUUGUUUUCAAACUCUGUUCCAUCAGAAGACUACCACUACUCUGGCACUGAUAUGUGGUCUUUGAGUGAACAAAGACUGUUCCAUAAAGCAUUUACAAUCUAUGGAAAAGAUUUCUCCUUCAUUCACAAAAUGGUGAGGACAAAGCAGGUGUCACAGUGUGUAGAAUUCUACUACAACUCCCUGAGACUUUCAAAAAAGCAAAGGAAGCAGAGUGAGAGAGAAAAGGAAAGUUUGAAGGAAGAGAGAAAUUUAGCAGCCAUCAGUCAGGUUUCUCCAGCUCCAAAUAUGUUGGUUAACCAAGCCAGUAUUGAGAGACUGAUGCAUACCCAACCACUUCCCACAAGCUUCCCCUGUAAACAGUGUGGAAAGAUGUUUUACAAGAUCAAAAGCAGAAACGCCCACAUGAAGAUCCAUCGGCAACAGCAAGAGGACUGGAGAGAAAAACUGCACAUACACCCAAACCAGCACCACAAUCUUAAUCCCACCAGAGCACUGGCUCAUCCGAACCAGCAAAUACUAGCCCAGACCCACCAUCAGAACCACAUCCUGUCCCAAAGUCUUAUUCAGAAUCUGGUCCAGUCACAGGCCCAGUUGGCUUGUCUUCAAAGCACACAGACUCAGAGUACAUGCCCAAGCAGUAGUACCAGUUGCAUGAAUCCCACACAAAAUCCACAGAUUGUGCCAAAAGCACCACCCUUACCACUUUACACUGGACAUCAGCAGACAUGGGGCUCCCUGCACAGUGUAGAGACAGGAGGCCUGUUCUAUAACUGAGGCUGAACUCUGAUAAAUGGGCUCCAAACUCCACUCAUGGAAAAAUCCAUCGGCAAAUGUCCAAUAACUGAUCUUCUAGUCUAAAUCUGACUUGUAUAUUAUUUGUUUGAAGUCUUCAAAUACAGUACCAAAUAUAAUUAAAAUA